AUGUUGUCAACUUUUUGGGUUGAGAGUUACAAUUCUAAAAUCAAAAAGUUAAUAUUUAAUUCAAAUACAACACUAUUAAAACUUGCCAAAAAAUUAUCAGUAUGCAUUCUUGAAAAGGACAAGAAGAUUAAAUAUGCUUUAUUUCAUGCAUUAAUUCUCAAAGCUAUUUUAGUUGUGACUGCUAAUACUAUUCUUUCAAAUGUUUGUAAUAUGUUAUGCAAAUAUCUUACAAUAGAAAUGUUAAAGAUCCAGAAAGAUCAAAUAAAGCAGGCACUUCAGUAUCAUGCUGUAAUGGUAUCAAAAACUGAACUGAGAAGAUAUCUUAAG